AAAUGACGCUGUAAUAAAAAUAUAAUUAUAUAGGAGUACUAUUUAUAGCUGUAAUUAACCGCUGAUCUUUUCCUUUUGCAAUUCAUCUUCGAGAAUCAACACUGAUCCUAUCUUUCUCUCUCUGUAGACCCCUAUAAAAACUCCAAGGCAUAUCAUUCUUGAAUCACCUCCUCUGUUCUUCUCUUCUUCAAUUUCCGACAAUCCCCUAACUCCUUCUGCAAGCCAGGAUCUUUCCAGACUCUUUGGAUAAAAGAAACACUUGGGAAUGCAGAAAGAUGUGCGUCACUAGCAGUCCAUCAGCAUCUGAGAUCAAGGUGGAAUUUGCUCCUUUGGGAAUUUUUCCAUACAUUCUUGAUGAAUUGGGGCAUGAUAGUUGUAAAACGUCGAACUUUUGCCGCCAGAUGCAAAAUGGAAGUACUGUUUGUUGCUUUCCUGACGGUUGAUUUUGUUAGUUUUAAGGGACUCCUGCUCUGAGCACAGAAGAUAUUAUACAAGCAGGAGAGUACUAGUAGUAGGUCUUUAGUGUACUGUGUGACUAAGAUGGAGAAUAAGUCAAAAAUAUUAAUGGAUAGAUAUGAGUUUGGAAGGUUACUCGGCCAAGGGACAUUUGCAAAAGUUUAUUACGGUAGAAGUCUUGAAACUGGACAGAGUGUGGCUAUUAAGGAGAUCCAUAAAGAAAAGAUUUUGAAGGUUGGAUUGAUGGAUCAGACGAAACGAGAAAUAUCCGUUAUGGGACUAGUGAAACACCCGAACAUCUUGCAGCUUUAUGAAGUUAUGGCCACCAAAACCAAAAUAUAUUUUAUUCUGGAAUAUGCCAAGGGUGGUGAGCUAUUUAACAAGAUAGCCAAGGGAAAGUUGAAGGAAGGGGUUGCAAGGAAGUACUUUCAACAGUUGAUUACUGCUGUUGACUUCUGCCACAGCAGGGGAGUUUACCACCGUGAUUUGAAACCAGAAAACUUGUUGCUUGAUGAAAAUAAAAACCUAAAGGUGUCAGAUUUUGGUCUGAGUGCUCUAUCCGACUCAAAACGUCAAGAUGGAUUACUUCAUACCACCUGUGGAACCCCAGCCUAUGUUGCUCCUGAGGUCAUAAGCAGAAAAGGUUAUGAUGGGGCAAAAGCUGACAUCUGGUCUUGUGGCGUAAUCUUAUUCGUUCUAUUGGCUGGAUAUCUUCCAUUUCACGAUUCCAAUCUCAUGGAGAUGUAUAGGAAGAUAAGCAAAGCGGACUACAAAUGUCCUAGUUGGUUCCCACCAGAACUGCGUAAAUUGCUGUCUAGGAUCCUUGACCCGAAUCCCUAUACUAGAAUUUCUAUUGCAAAGAUUAUGGAGAAUCCUUGGUUUAAGAAAGGGCUGGAUUCUGGACGUGGAAACACAAGUGUCCUAGUAGAGAGGGAAAUGAUCCCUCUGCAUACUGAUGAUAAUAUAUGUUCCCCUACCGAGUGCUGCAGUAGUGUUUCUUCUGAGACUAAGCUAGAAGUAACAAAGCCUAAUAACUUCAAUGCCUUUGAUUUAAUUUCACUUUCUACGGGAUUUGAUUUAUCUGGUCUUUUUGUGAGCAAUGACGAGAAGGAGGACGUGCAAUUUAUAUCAAAAAACUCUGCGGCCUCUAUCAUAGCCAAACUGGAGGAAACUGCUAGAUGUCUGAGGCUAAAAGUCAUGAAGAAGGAAGGCGGGUUGAUGAGGUUGGAGGCUGAAAGUGAGUGUAGAAAUGGUACUGCAAUGACCAUCGAUGUUGAAAUUUUUGAAAUCACCUCAUCCUUUCAUUUGGUGGAAGUUAGAAAGUCCAGUGGGGAUACAAUAGAUUACCUUGUGAUGUUGAAGCAAUGCUUAAAACCAGCUCUGGCAGAUAUUGUCUGGGCUUGGCAAGGAGAGAAGCAACCUAUAUAGUUACAAUGAUGAGAGCAAAAGCUUCUGAUAUUUCUUACCUUUCCACUUUUGUAAGUUUCAAAUUAUGCUGAUUUUCACAUGUUUGUUGCCCUUAAUGUUGUGAUAAGUGAGUUUACGCUUCAUUUAUGUAUAUGAACGUAUCGAGCUUGUUGGCCAGAAAUGAUUGCUUAUUUGAGCUUCUCUAUACUCCUUUUGGCAUAGCUUCUUUCCGUAUAAUUGCUGUCGAAGAUAUCUUAGGCUUCACGCAUUUGACAGUGGAAAGAAUUUGCAUGAAUCAUGUCAGCCCAAAGGGAUCUUUAAGUCUUGCAUCCUCUAGAGGAAUUUGUCAGAUUGUGGUGCAUGUCAAAGGCCAUCCUGCACAAUUUGGCUUUAUGAGUCGAAACAAGAGCUUAUGAGUUUCUUUAUUGGUUUGCUCCAUUCCUGUUAUGCUGCUUCCGGGUUUGAGUUAAACAAUGAUGUCAAGUAGGGAAAGCGUACUGGGGAAACCUUGGGUUGGCAGUCUUGGCCUGCAUAUCAUCGGCGGGCUGGCUUCAGAAUGUACAGUUGGUGCGAUUUGAAUAAUGAAUGAAAUUUCUGUUUGUAACAUAGGAUGGAGUUUUAUUAGAGGCUGGAAUUUUUAAUGUGUGGCAACUUCAUGUGUGUGGUGCAGCCCAAUUUGUGAAUAGUGGUAGCAAGUUGUUGAACGUCCACAGAGACUUGGCAAGAUUAAAACCUAUGCUUUUUGGGGAUAGAAACAGAAUAGCCAAAACACACACACGCACACACACAGAAAAAGAUUAUACUUAUAAAAAAAAGUGUUUCGGUCAUAACUCGUAAGACUGAAGUGAUAGAUUCUCGGAUAAAUCGAGUUGGGUGUGGGCUUUGAAUUUUGGUCGACAAAGUUUGGUUUCCCUCUUGUCCGAAGAAGAAGAUUCAUAUUCUCCAAUGACCAAGCAGCAGCAGCAGCAACAACAACUACAAGGAGACCAGAAUAACACAGUUAAAGGCAACCCAAAAAAAAAAAAAAAAAAAAAGCUCGAUACAUCAGUCAUUCCAAAACAGAACACCGCAUUUUUUCCCCCUUUCUUUUGGUGAUGAUGACGAGCUGUAUGGCACCGUACAUGAAAAUGAUGAUUUGUUUUCUUCUCUUUUCUUCUUUCUGUGUUGGUUGGUGUUUAAGACAUAAUUAACAAAAGCC